GUAUACUAUUAUAAUCCAUAAAAAUCUGUGUCUUGAAUAUCUGUGAUAGAGCUGGAAUGCAAAAAGCGUUUUAAAGCGGAGGAUCACAUGACUGUACAUAUUGAUAUCGUGUUAUGAUAAUGUCCAUUUGCAGUGCGAUCGUUGUUGUUUCACGUCGCUGACUUGAAUGCAGCUGUUGUCGGAUCAUUUCCCGCUGAAUCGUCAGCACGCCACAGUUUCCCUGGAUUUUUUUGACUUUCUUCCUCAUCUCCAAAUGGCUCCAGUUAAACUUGAAAACUUGGAGCAUCCCCACCACCCACAUGCCUCCACAUGUCAUUUCUGAAAGACUCUCACCAAGCCCGCCUGCCUGUUAGUCAACGCCUGACUCAAGUGUCCUGGGCGGAGCUUUUGAAACCCCAUGAAGACCCCUGUUCAGUCCCAUUGGCAAGUUAUAUUUACUUGGUGGCAUGUUGCACGAAUCCAACGGAUGUGCGCAUAGCUGAGAUGGUGGCGUAAGAUGUAUGGGUUUGUUUAUUUUUAAAACGCUCUCUCUCGACAUAUAUACAUAUGCAAGGUAGCAUGACAUGUGAAGGAUGAACCGCAAUAGAGUGGGGCAACACGCUUAAUGUCUGUUUGUGAUGUAUUGACGCUUGUAAUGCAACUACGUUAUGAUCAGAAUGUCUUCUUGGUUUCAGUGAAGAAAUAGUCUGGCAAUGGCACAAAGACAAUUUCAAGAAAGCGGGAAGGAUGGGCGCUCAGUUUUGGGAAUGCUCACAGUGCAAGUGGAGAGGGACCCAAAGACAGGAGCCACAGUUGUUAAGUCUGUAGCACCCACGUCCACACCGGACAGUCGUCCCCCGGCCUCCGCCGUCUUUGACGACGGCAGGAAAAGCAUCCAUGCAGUGGGCGGGUCAGGCUGCAAUCCCUCAACUGAAGAGCUCGGACAGAUUUUGAGUGCCGUCGAUGGCGUUGGGAUGCAAGUGAUGCUCGAUGAGGUCACGGUCACGCUAGAUGAAGCGGCUGAUGCGGGAGCCAGCGGAGGUCCAUUCAAACAAAUCCAGGCGCCUGUCAAUCAGUCUGCGGCCAAAGAGAACCGUAUGCGCUUAGAAAGCCCCGGAAGGCCCAACUCGGAAGAUAAAAUGACAAGAGAGGUCAGUCGUUUGAGUGUGCGAGGAGAGGAGGAUGCAAACGCCACGGUGGUUCGAGACACGGCGGGAAAAGAGGUCACCAUGGAGGAUCACGUUUUGGAGGAAAGCCCAAUCACACUUUUGUUCCUGGGCUACGCUGAUUCUACGACCGCCCAAGAAAACCCAGACAUGCUCGUUGCAGAAAGAGUGAUGAUCGCAGAUGACGGAGAAGAACCCCGUGUCGCAGAUCGAGAGGCGGGAGAAAAGAGUGAAAGUGAAAUGGAUCAGGGCAUUCCCCAGAAGGGAAAAGAUCAAACAUCUCAAGUCCGGGAAGAUCAUGCUAAUCAGGAACCAUCCUGCCCGCCGACUGUUGAAGAGCGAAAAGGCCCUUCCAAGCACAAGACCUGUCAUUGUUGCUCUGUCAUGUAAGACGUGAUCUCAUUUCAUCCCGCGUAUUUCCAUAUAUUUUCUUACCUACCAAGUGGAACGCAUCAUUGAGGCCCUAUUAACUCAAUUGACACGCAUUGGACUCUUCUGCCCAUCUGUUCCCUGCAUUUGACUCAGAGCGUUAUAAUGUUGCUAGCCUACAGUCAAUGUGUGCGAGUAGCUUCAUUAUGCACGCUUACAAAAAAACAAAAACAAGGGCACUUCCUCCCCCUAGAGGAGAAAGGCAGCCAAGUCACCAUGCGCCACACGGCUGCAAACUCCUCACUCAGCUCUGUCACCAAAGGAAAGAGGUGGAAGGAGGAGCGG